UUUCACAAUCUCCUAUGUCUCUCACUCUAGUAUCAGAGGGGCUGCGAGCACACACAUACACACACACUGAGUGAGUCUCUCUGUGUCCUGCCGUCUCACUCAGCAUUUCAGGAACACAAGCUGACUGUUCUGCACUCUUCUCUGCAUGACUGUCACAAAGACUCUCAUUGGAAAAAGCAAGCGCUUGUCAGAGAAAUGGAGCACGGCUACAGUUGCUAGGAUAGGAUUGGUCAGAAACACUUUUAAGAUGUCAUGGCGGCCAACCUACCGAAGCUCCAAGUUUCGAAACGUCUAUGGCAAAGUGGCCAACCGAGAGCACUGCUUCGAAGGCAUCGCAAUCACAAAGAACGUCCAUGACAACCACUUCUGUGCGGUCAACGGCAAGUUCCUCGCCAUAGUUACGGAGAGUGCGGGAGGAGGAUCCUUCGUUGUUAUCCCGGUCACUCAGUUUGGCCGGAUCGAAUCUCACUAUCCAAAGGUCUGCGGUCACCAAGGCAACGUCCUGGACAUAAAAUGGAAUCCUUUUCAUGACAACAUAAUCGCUUCUUGUUCAGAGGACUCUUCUGUGCGAAUAUGGGACAUCCCUGAUGGUGGACUGAGAAGAAAUUUGACCGAGGCUCUAUUAGAACUGUAUGGCCACAGCAGGCGUGUAGGCCUCAUAGAGUGGCACCCAACCACUAGUGGCAUUCUCUUCAGUGCUGGCUAUGACUACAAGAUCCUGAUUUGGAAUCUUGAGAUUGGCGAGCCAGUGAAAAUGAUUGACUGCCACACAGAUGUGAUCCUCUGUAUGUCGUUUAACACUGAGGGAAGCCUUCUGGCCACCAGCUGCAAGGACAAGAAACUUCGCAUUAUCGAGCCCCGCUCUGGCAAAGUGCUACAGGAGGCAAACUUCAAGAACCACAAAGUGAACCGUGUUGUGUUCCUAGGCAACAUGAAACGACUUCUGACGACAGGCGUGUCCCGUUGGAACACACGCCAGAUUGCUCUCUGGGACCAGGAGGAUCUGUCCAUGCCUAUCAUUGAGGAGGAGAUUGAUGGCCUGUCAGGCCUGCUUUUCCCUUUCUAUGACGCAGACACACAUAUGCUCUACCUAGCAGGCAAGGGUGAUGGGAACAUCCGGUACUACGAGAUAACCCUGGAGAAGCCCUACUUGCAGUAUCUCAUGGAGUUUAGAUCCCCUGCACCACAGAAAGGGCUUGGAGUGAUGCCGAAGCAUGGGCUGGAUGUAGGAGCGUGUGAAGUCUUCAGGUUUUAUAAGUUGGUGACUCUGAAGGGCCUGAUUGAGCCUAUCUCUAUGAUCGUGCCUAGAAGGUCAGAGACAUAUCAGGAAGACAUAUACCCCAUGACUCCUGGGACAGAACCUGCACUUUCUGCUGAUGAGUGGCUCAGUGGAAUCAACAGAGGCCCUAUUCUCAUGUCCUUGAAAGAGGGCUACAACAGGCCCAACAAGAUGGUAUUCAAGGCCCCUGUAAAGGAGAAGAAGAGUGUGGUGGUCAAUGGUAUUGACCUGCUGGAAAAUGUGCCUCCCCGUACAGAGAAUGAGCUCUUGCGGAUGUUCUUCAGGCAGCAGGAUGAGUUGCGAAAACUGAAGGACGAGCUCACUCAAAAGGACAUUAAGAUCCGACAGCUUGAGCUGGAGCUCAAUAACAUAAGAAACAGCCCAAACAACAAUAACAACAGCAAUGAUAGCAGCAUUUGACAUGAAAUCAUUAAUGUCUCUGUUGAUUUCCUGUCCUAAAGUGACACUAUAUACAGUAAGCCUCCAGCAAUGCUGACACUACACAAGGACCUCCUCCUUCCUAACGGUCCAAUAUCCUCCUUCCAAGAUCCCUGUAGACCAAGUGCUCGUCUUCAUUAAGCAGUGUUUCACACUUGACCCCCAGUGUUGACACUACAGCGACCAUGUGCUAAGUUGACUUUAUUGGAGUGAUGAUUCAAUACUCUCCCUUCAAAUGUCCUUCAUUCACAAUACCAAUCUACCUGCGGUAGCUCUUCCUAUAUACAGUGAAGGGGUACACAAGACUCACAAAUACAUAAACUGGCACCACCCACAGAUAGGUUGGGAGGUGCAGUGGGUAAUGAACAGAAAGGGCUCCUCUUUCCUUUUCGUUAUAUUUAUUAAAGGGUUAGUUCACCUAAAAAUGUAAAUUCUGUCAUUUGCUCCCCCUCAGCAAACCCGUAUGACUUCCUUUCUUAUGUGUAACAGGUUUUAAGAAGAAUGACAGCCUCAGUCACCAUGUACUUUCAUUUUAUGGAAUAAAAUGCAAUGAAAGUAAUUUGGUGACAUUGACUAACAUUUUUCUUUUGUGUUCCACUGAAGAAAGGAAGUCAUAAGGGUUUGGAACAAUAUGAAGGUGAGUAAAUUAUGAAAGAUGAUCUUUUUAACCAUUCUCUUUCGUGUAAUUCUAAUCCCUUCCUCUCUUUUGUCACAUAUGAAUGUUUACUUCAAGACUGGUAGUUUUGCAUUGGAUUGGUUUUGAUUUGACUUGGCUAAUAAUUGCAGUAUCAUCUCGUAAUUUAAUCUUACCUAGAUUUAAGUAUUAGAAAUAUUUAUUUAAUUAUUUCCUUAUUAGUAAUUGUUCUAAAUAUCUCAGUAAACGCCAUAUAGAGUCAUAGCUAUUAAGCCAGAAAUAAAAAAAAAGUAUUGUAAGGUUUAAGAUAAAAAAUGUUUAAUGACUUUAAGGUAAAUUAGAAAUGCUUCACCAAUCAAGCUGUAUUCUCAUGAGAACUGAAGUACAGUUAGGUUUGUUAUGACAGUACCCACAGUGCUGAUUGAAUGGAGAACAUUUUUCAAAAACCACAGUUCAGCACAACACAAUAGAUGAUAUUUAUCCAAAUGACACCCUGGAGUAUUGGGUUAUUACUCAUUUGAGUUGGGAACUGUGGUGACACUUUAGUUGCUCCUCUUCACAUUGUGCAAGUCAGUUUAUAGAGGCAACACAAAUGGGUCAAUAAAGCAAUUAAUAAACUUAGUGAGAAGAUUUUACAGUGUGAAUAAACAAGCAACGUCAGAUUAAUUUUAUACACUGAUAUACACAAAAACAAUCGCGGUCAAAAUUUUGGAAUAAUGUACAGAUUUUUUACUUUUUAUUCACCAAAGUGGCAUUCAACUGAUCACAAUGUAUAGUCAGGACAUUAAUAAAGUGAAAAAUUACAAUUACAAGUUUAAAUUUGUUCAAACUACAAAGAGGUCUCAUCAGCAAUGACAGCUUUACAGAUCCUUGUCAUUCCAGCUGUCAGUUUGUCCAGAUACUCAGGUGACAUUUCACCCCACACUUCCUGUAGCACUUGCCAUAGAUGUGGCUGUCUUAUCGUGCACUUCUCACACACCUUACAGUCUAACUGAUCCCACAAAAGCUCAAUGCAGUUAAGAUCCAUAAAACUCAUUUCCAAUUAUCUGUUGUACAAUAUCUGUGUUUCUUUGCCCACUCUAACAUUUUCUUUUUGUUUUUCUGUUUCAAAAGUGGCUUUUUCUUUGUAAUUCUUCCCAUAAGGCUGCACCCCUGAGUCUCCUCUUUACUGUUGUAAAUGAAACUGGUGUUGAGCGGGUAGAAUUCAAUGAAGCUGUCAGCUGAGGACAUGUGAAACGUCCAUUUAUCAAACUAGAGACUCUGAUGUACUUAUCCUCUUGUUUAGUUGUACAUCUGGUCUUCCACAUCUCUUUCUGUCUUCGUUAGAGUCAGUUGUCCUUUGUCUUUGAAGACUGUAGUGUACACCUUUGUAUGAAAUCUUCAGUUUUCUGGCAAUUGUAAGAAUUGUAUAUUCCUCAAAACAAUGAUUGACUGACGAAUUUCUAGAGAAAGCGGUUUCUUUUUUGACAUUUUUAACCUAAUAUUGAUCUUAAGACAUGCCAGUCUAUUGCAUAUUGUGGCAACUAAAAAACAAUCACAAAGACAAUGUUAAGCUUCAUUUAACAAACCAAAUAGCUUUCAACUGUGUUUUAUUUAAUGGCAAAUGAAUUUCUAGUACCAAAUUAGCAAUAUAGCAUGAUUACUCAAGAAUAAGGUGGAUGUGAUGGCUGCUGGAAAUGGGGGCUGUCUAGAUUUGAUAAAAAAAUAUAUAUUUUUUUCAAAUAGUGAUGGUGUUAAAUCUGUACAUUAUUCCAAACUUAUGGCUGCAAGUGUAUUCAAAUCUUGUAUGGAAUCCACUAAUUGUAAAAUUAAAUUAAUAGUAACAGAUGUACAUUAGUAUUAGACACUGACACUGUCAUUUCAUAAGGAUCUGGGUAAGUAAAGUUUGAAGGAAAUGUAAAACUGACCACUCGAAGAAAGAGAUGGAGAGAGAGGUCUGGCUGGUAGAUUUUUGAUUGAACAGUCUAACUGUAAGAUGACAUGCUAUGUUUCAAUGGAUAGUUCACCCAAAAAUGAAAAUUAUUUUAUCAUGUAUUCACUCUCACGCCAUACCAGAAUAUCUCAGUUCUGUAGGUCCUUAUAAUGCAAAAUAAUGGUGGACAGAACUCUGAAGCUCCAAAAAGUAUAUAAAGGCAGCAUCAAAUUUAUCCAGAUGACUCCAGUGGUUUAAUCCAUCUCUUCUGAAAUGAUGUGGGUGAGAAACAGAUCAAUAUUUAAAUAUUUACCUUUUUUACAAAAAAUCUGCCAUCCUAUUCAUGUUCAUGAGAGUUCUUCUGUUUGUUUGUUUUUUUGUCUUUUUUUUUUUAUGAUGAUUCACAUUUUUGGUUUAUAUCAACACCUACUGGGCAGAGAGGAGAAAGAAAAUAUGGAUAAAGCCAAGGAAAAUAAUAAAUAAAUCAUAUUUGCACAACAGCCCACUAGGUGGCAAGAUGCACAAAUUUGCAAUUCGGCAAAAAAAAGAAUAACUGGUGCCUUGUAGUUAAAAACUAAAUUUAGAUUUAAAUAGUGAUCUGUUCCUCACCCACACCUAUCAUAUUGUUUCUGAAGACAUGGAUUUAACCACUGGAGUCUUAUGGAUUGUUUGUAUACUCCCUUUGUGCUUUUUGAACCUUCAAAGUUCUGGUCACCAUUCAUUUGCUUUGUAUGGACCUACAGAGCUGAAAUAUUCUUCUAAAAUCCUUGUUUGUGUUCAGUAGAUGAAAGAAAGUAAUACACAUCUGGGAUGGCAUAAGAGACAGACAAUUAUGAGAGAAUUUAAAUUUUUGGGUGAACUAACCCUUUUAGACUGACUGUGAUUGAAAAAGCACAAUGAAACGCUGUUAGUUCUUUUUAUUAUUGAAAAUUCAAUAAUAAUUUCAAUUUAAAUCAAACAUAUUUAAUGAUACCAUUUUCAAUUUUUUUACUUUUAAUAUGCCACAAAAUACAGGUGCAGUCUUGCUCUUUAUGUCGCGUAAAACCUAUUAAUUAGAACAAGAACAGAUUGGUUGUGCCCUUAUAAGAUCAACUAAAAGCUAAAAAAAAAAAAAAAAAAACUUUAUCAGCAAAUCUUACAAAAAAAUGUUUUUAAAGUUGAAUGGCACAUUUAAUUGGUGAUCACUUUCAUUCUUAAUUGAAAUCAGUAAUUAAUAAAAGUCCUCAGACGUUUCUCAAUCAGCAUGGAGAUCAAGUUGGUUUGCCUUUGCAGCCAGUGAGUGUUUGAAACUUUCUGGCUGUAACUAUUUAAUGAAAACAAUAUGAACCUCAAGCUUUGUAAAUAUUUUGCCUCAUAAAAUAAUAACGCAAACUCCUGUGCUCCGGUUUCAUUUUUGCAUAUCAUGUGUUUUGAGGGAGAAAGUUCCCUACAAUAAUUCUGAGAUUAUGGGGCAGUAAAGCCACAGUCUUUGGCAGAGCAUUGGAGUUCACAUACCAUGGAUCAGACACUGCACUGCAUCCAAAUGUGUUAAACAGCAACAUUAGAAGAUUUCUGGCAAUAAACAAAACGUUCAGGGGAUACAGUGGGUAAUAUCCUAGCCUAUGUAGUAGACUUCAAAACCAAUAUGUGAAAUGAAUAAUCAACAGUUUCCUGCACAGACACUUGUAAGGCACUACAACGUGACUGGAACACUCAUCUAGAAUCCAAAUUCUCUCGUGCCUUAUAAUACAUAGUGUACAACGUUUGGCUGCAGAAGUAAGGGGAUAUUCAUUUAGAUGCUCAGUGUGAGGUGCCUGAAACUCUGCUGUUCUCGGGCCCUUCAUUUUGUCAGAGAACUCUCUCGCUGCCAAAUAUUGUGACAAUAUUGGGCUGAAGAGUUAUGCGUGACAUUAGGCUAAACUUUGGCUUUGAUUAAAAUGAAGAACAUGAAUGGGUAGAGUUGCUCAAUUUAUUAUGGAUAACUGUCUUACUUCUGUUUAUCAGGAGAUCAUAUUAAAGAGACUGCAUUUACAUUUAGCUUUUAUCCAAAACGACUUACAGUGCACUUAUUACAAUCCCCUCUGAGCAACCUGGAGUUAAGUGCCUUGCUCAAGGACACAAUGGUGGCAAACUAAACAAAACAACUUCCCGUGGAGUAAAUUGUAAUGCACUCAUAUGGUUCAUUGAAACCAAUUGCCUCCACUCAUUGGAGAAUUUAAUUUACCUGUCCAUCUUACACAGAAAAAUAUGUCAAAGGACUAUCGGU